ACACCGUUACGGCGGGUAUCGCAGGGCUCUCUCUUUGCUCUCUCUCGCUCUGGUGCUUACCCAGAUGCUCCUCAUGGCCUUGGAUUUCUCGAACCAGCAAUGUCCGAAUUUGUCGACGAGACAGAGGCUCUGCAAACCAACAUGGAAGGCAUGAAGAACCUUAGCGAUGCCCUUGGGACUUUUAAUGAAUCCUUUGCGAGUUGGCUAUACGUCAUGAAUAUGAACGCUCUGACGACUGAUUGGCCCCAG